UUUUUUUUUUUUUUUUUGGAAAACCCUUUGUCGUUCAGCCAUGAAGCUUAAAGGAACUCCUUGGACCAAUAUUUCCAUAUUUUGGAUUUGAAUCUUUGAUUUUUUUUAACUCUUUGCUGGGACCCGUCAGCAGCGGUGGCUGCUGGUGGUGGCGGCCGCGGCGGCGGUGGGAGGACCUUGCCGCCUCAGAACACAAGGAUACAUUUCCAUACGUGUACGCCACCAUGAGGAUAUCCACCACCUCUUGCCUCUGUCCCUUUUUGGUCUGUCUCUGCUUCAUCCAGAGGUGCUCUGGGACCGGCCACCAUGUCCCCACUAAAGUGCCCUCCAAGAACCAGACCAAACUGGCCAACGGGGAGACGGAGGUGCACCAUAGGCCCAAACGUGGCUGGAUCUGGAACCAGUUCUUUGUUUUAGAAGAACACAUGGGACCAGAUGCUCAGUAUGUGGGAAAGCUUCACUCAAACUCGGACAAAGGCGACGGAUCCGUCAGGUACAUUCUGAGCGGAGAAGGGGCUGGGACGAUAUUUAUCAUCGAUGAGGUGACGGGGGAUAUUCACGCCACUAAGAGCCUGGAUCGGGAAAGGAAAACGCAUUAUGUCCUGCACGCACAAGCUUUGGACCGCAACACGGAGGAAGCCCUCGAACCAAAGUCGGAGUUCAUCAUCAAAGUGCAAGACAUCAAUGAUAAUGCACCUAAAUUCCCAGACAGACCAUUUGUAGCAACGGUACCAGAGAUGUGUGAAGUGGGUACCUCAGUUUUGCAAGUCACGGCGAGCGAUGCUGACGACCCUACCUACGGAAAUAGCGCCAAAAUAGUCUACAGCAUUCUGCAAGGACAGCCAUAUUUCUCUGUGGACCCUAAAACAGGAAUCAUCAGGACUGCCUUAGCAGACAUGGACCGGGAAGCCAGAGAACACUACACAGUCGUUAUCCAAGCCAAAGACAUGGCAGGCCAGGUCGGAGGCCUCUCUGGCUCCACCACCAUCAACAUCACUCUGACAGAUGUCAACGACAACCCGCCCAAGUUCCCACAAAAAAAUUACCAGCUGUACGUCCCAGAAUCAGCCGAAGUCGGGAAGCCGGUGGGGAAGAUCAAAGCCAACGACGAUGACCUUGGAGUCAACGCAGACAUCAAGUAUAGCAUCAUUAACUCAGAGGGCGCCAACAUGUUCUCCAUAUCCACAGACAGAGAAACAAGAGAGGGAAUCAUCAGUCUGAAAAAGCUUCUGAACUACGAGCGAAAGAAGACCUACACGCUGCACAUCGAAGGAACGAAUACUCACGUGGAUCCUCGUUUUUCCUACCUUGGUUCUUUCAAAGACACCGCCACCCUGAAAAUCACAGUGGGGGAUGUGGACGAAGCCCCCAUCUUUUCUAUGGAUUACUACAUUUUGGACGUUUACGAAAACUCGCCAAGUGGAACAGAAGUGGGUGCGGUUACUGCUCGAGAUCCAGACAGCAGGAACAGUCCUGUCAGGUAUUUCAUGGACAGCAAGGAGGACGGAGAAAGAUACUUCAGAAUAGAUGAAAUCCGUGGAGUUAUACGUACCAUGCAGCCUCUGGACAGAGAAGACACGCCUUGGCACAACAUCACUGUAAUGGCCUCGGAGGUUGAUAACCCCAACCUGAACAGACAUGUUCCUGUUACCGUCCAGGUUCUGGACAUGAAUGACAAUCCACCAGAAGUAUCAACCGAAGAGGAAGUCAUUGUCUGUGAGAACUCGAGACCUGGACAGGUGAUCCAGACCGUCACAGCGGUGGAUAAGGACGACUUUGCCAACGGACAGAGGUUUUCCUUCGCUCUGCCCAGCCACCUCCCGGUUAAUCCCAACUUCACCCUGAAGGACAAUGAAGACAGCACAGCCAGCAUUAUUGCCAGGCGACGGCGUUUCAACCACCUGACCCAGGAGCUUUAUGAGCUGCCCGUCGUGGUGUGGGAUGGCGGGGAGCCAUCACUGAGCAGCACCAGCACCCUGACCCUGCGAGUGUGCCCAUGCCAGCGUCACGGCAAGAUCCGAAUAUGCCAAGGCGAGGCGUUCCUCUCCUCGGCGGGUCUCAGCACGGGGGCUCUGAUUGCCAUCCUGCUGUGCAUCAUCAUUUUGCUUGCCAUCGUGGUCCUCUUCGUCACACUUCGGCGGAGUAAGAAAGAGCCCCUUAUCAUCGCCGAGGAGGACAUCAGAGAAAAUGUUGUGACCUAUGAUGAUGAGGGCGGCGGCGAGGAGGACACAGAGGCCUUUGACAUAAUUGCUCUCCGUAAUCCGGCCGCCGCAGAGGAGCUGAAGUUCCGACGGGACAUUCGUCCAGAGGCAAGGGGCCACUGUAGCCUUCCCCACAAUCACAAGACUCCAUCUGUGGAGCUGGAUGAGGUGGACGUGCAGGAGUUUAUCAGGCAGAGACUGGUGGAGGCCGACAUGGACACCAGCGUGCCGCCCUACGACUCCCUCCAGACCUAUGCCUAUGAGGGUCAGGGCUCAUCUACGGGCUCCAUCAGUCCAUUGGACUCGGUUGCCGCGCCGUCGGAGCAGGAAUAUAACUACCUGGAGGACUGGGGACCUGAGUUCCGGAGACUAGCAGAACUCUACGAAGACUCAGAGUCAGACGUGACCACCUAGUCUGUGAUUUCACUUCUGUUCAAACCAAAUCCGAUUAAAACUCAUUUUUCAAUGAAUGACGUGAGCACACAGACUGACCAGUUCAGCGGUUCUCAAAUGUUACCGUUGAACUAAAAAAAAAAAAAAAAAACGGACCUCUGAAUUUUGUUUCUUUUUCAUUUUGUCACGUUGGAUCAUGGAUUGUUCAUCCGCAAGUGUCAGAUUUGAGAUGAAAGAAAAUUUAUGAGGAAAAAAUGGAAAAUAUUUUCCUUGGUGUAUAUUUUUUAUUGCUCAAUAAAGUCCUAAAAAUUCAUUUGCGUGGA